AUGGGCCGCCUGGUGAACUACUUCCCCACGAUAACAGCGUUUAUCGCUUUUAUCCUCAGCUUACUAUGUCUCUUCGCAGGCACCCAACUGACCGUCUUGCCCGGGGCCGAUAUCCUCACAGUCUUCCCCUCAAAUAAAAGCCAGGAUACCGGCAUACAUGACUUCUACUCGAUAUACGUCAUGUCGUACUGUGAGGGGGAUCUCAUGUCGGGGAACAGGAGGUUUAUGAAUUGCUCCAAAGCUUCGUUGCCCUUCGCCUUCGACCCUUCUUCCGUGCUGUUGGAAGAAACCGGGAACACCACCUCGCUGUCCAACUUGGGGUGGCCCGACACCAUCACGGAUGAUUUCCAUUCCUUCGGCAUGACCAGCCGAAGUAUGGGGCCCCUCUACUGUAUUGGGGCCGGGGUUGCUGGACUUGCGAUAGUGGGCAGAUUAUGGUGGACGAUCCGGCGUGGGCCACGGCAGUCCGUGAUCGAGCUAGUGCUGUUACUGUUGGGGUUUGCCAUGCUCGGAAUCGCCUCGAUUAUUGCCACGGUUAUCGCAUUCCAGUUUGUCGGCCUGGUCAAAGAUCAUGGUCGGGAUACCGGCGUCAAUGCCGAGUACGGUCCACAAUUUUUAGGAAUGACAUGGGCAGCUACGGGGUUGUUGUUGGGGGGGAGCAUAACCAGUCUGGUAAUGGUGCUGGUCGAUCGCAGCCGGUCAGACUUGACUGCCCCUGCAGACGACCCUGGCGAUGAGACGAAAUCGGACCAAGUAUCGGUCAAAUCAAGUGCAGGGCCGUCAGAUGCGGAGACGGAAAAAGAUGGAAACCACUGA